AUGCAACCAGCUGCGGCGCCGGCAAUGCCGUCCAUCCUGCUGCUGCUCGCCCUGCUCGCGGCCACGGCCGUGGGCGCCGGAGCUGGGAGGACGCCGACGCUGGUGUUCAUCCUGGCGGGCCAGUCCAACAUGGGCGGCCGGGGCGGUGCCACCCUCAACAACCGCUGGGACGGCGUGGUGCCGCGGGAGUGCGCCCCCUCGCCGCGCACGCUCCGCCUCUCCCCCGCCCUGCGCUGGGAGGAGGCCCGGGAGCCGCUGCACUCCGGCAUCGACGUGGGCAACGUGCUGGGGGUCGGCCCGGGCAUGCCGUUCGCGCACGCGCUGCUCCGCGCCCCGGCGUGCCCCAAGGGCGCCGUCGUGGGCCUCGUCCCCUGCGCGCAGGGCGGCACCCCCAUCGCCAACUGGUCCCGCGGCUCCCACCUCUACGACCGCAUGCUCACCCGCGCCCGCGCCGCCGUCGCCGGGGCCAAUGGCAAGGGCAGGAUCGCGGCCAUGCUCUGGUUCCAGGGCGAGACCGACACCAUCCGGCGCGAGGACGCGCUGGCCUACACGGGGCGGAUGGAGGCUCUGAUCCGGGAUGUCCGGCGGGACCUCGGCAUUCCAAACCUCCUCGUCAUCCAGGUCGGGAUCGCGACGGGGCAGGGCAAGUUCGUGGAUCUGGUGCGGAAGGCGCAGCGGGCGGUGCGGGCGCCCAACCUCAGGUACGUGGACGCCAUGGGCCUCCCCGUCGCCAACGACUUCACGCACCUCACCACCGCGGCGCAGGUCCGGCUCGGCAAGAUGCUCGCCGACGCCUACGUCGCCACGCUCCACUGA